AUGGACGCAGAGGAGGGCUGGGAUGUGGUGAAUGCUGGCGCACCCGCCUCGGCCUCCGAUGCCGCCGAUCUGAGCGACCGGCGUCUGGCGGCGGCUGGCAGCGAGGGCAGCACCGUGCUGCUGUUUGCCUGCGCCCCAAGCGGCCCGCUGCCUGGCGAGCAGCCUGCCGGGAGCGGCGAGGCGGCAGCGGCAGCUGGCCCUGACGCCAGCGCCGCCGCCGCCGAGUCGGCGGGCACCGGUGGCGGCAGCGCCAGCAGCAGCACCGCCAGCGCCAGCCUGGAAGACGACGAUGCCGAGAGCAGCGCCAGCAGCCCGCCGCCAGGCCUGACAGACGGUGACACCCACAGCACCGCAACCAGCCCGCUGCCCAGCCUCGACACCGAGUGCAGCAUGCCGCCUCUCGCGCUGGGCGAGAUCAUCAGGCAAGUGGCCAGCGGCGCUGACCUGGCGCCACCUCCCGCGCCGCCGCUGCCGCAGCACCUCAACCUCAUGGUGGUGGGCGACCCCGGCGUGGGCAAGUCGGUCCUCAUCUCCAACCUGCUGUCUCCUCUGACCAUCACCACCACAGCGGUUCAGCACACAGCCACGAGCAGCCAGCUGCAGCUGACGCUGCACAGCGCAACUGCAUGCAGCCCCGAUGGCGAGGGCUGCCUGAGCUAUCGCGUGUGGGAGGUGCAGGAGGGGCUGAUGCCGCCUCAGCUGCGCCGCAUGGAGACCUUCCUGUCCCAAGGCCUGGGGCAGCACUUUGAGGAGGAGCAGAACCCGCACCGCACGCAGCCCCUGCACCAGCAGGCAUUCGACCGCCGCACCGACGCGUGCCUGCUGCUGUUGCCUCCGCACAGGCUGUGCCCCCGCCACAUCCUGGCAGCCAAGACUCUAUCCAAGCUGCUGCCGGUGAUCCCAGUCAUCUGCAAGGCAGACAGCUGCACCCCCGCCGAGCUGCAGGCGCAGCGCACCGCAGUGCGUGAGGCUCUGGACCAGCGGGGGCCGGCCCUGUACCGCUCCGACGGCGCUGGGGCAGGGAGCGGGCUGCUGCGCGGCGAGGCCGAGGCGGCAGGGCUGGGAUCUGACCGCCUGCCUGCUGCCGCCGUUGCGAGAUGGACGGCAGCCUUCUGGCCUGUGCGGCGCUACCAGUGGGGGGCCUGCGAGACGCUGGCGUCUCCCCAGUCGGACGUGCGCGCGCUGCGCCUGCUGCUGUCCUCGGCAGGUCCCGCCCUCAAGGAUGCCACAGAGCAGCGAUAUGCCGCCUACCGCACCCGGCGCCUGCUGGCUGCGGGCCCGCAGGGAGCUGCGCUGCCGCACCACCGCGCUGGCGGCGCGGCAGCAGGCCCUGCCGCCUGCGCUGCCGACGGUGGCUCCCGCGCGGCUUCGCCCUGCGCAGCAGACAGAGGCACGGCAGCCGGCAGGUGGCCCACCAGCCAGCAGAUGCAUGGCACUCCACAGACCAGCGCAGGAGCAGGCGCCGGGGUACACCGCGCUGUGCUGACCGCGGCCCUCGCGCUGCUGCUGCUGCUGUGCCUGACGGGCGCCGCGCUGGUUCUGAGCGGCCUGCGCUCUGCCAGCCUGGCGGGCGAGGCGUGGCUGAGGGAGCAGCUGCGGGAGGCCACCUGGCGGAUCGCCGACUGGAAGCUGUCGGCGGAGCGCCAGCUGGCGGCUGCUGAGCAGGCCUCCAGCUCCAGCCUGGAGGCUGCCGCGGGCUGGCUGCAGCUGGUGGGGCAGGGCGCCGAGGGGCACCUGAGGGCGGCGCAGGCGGCGGCGGGCGAGGAGCUGGCAGCCAGGCAGGCGGCGGCGGGCGAGGAGCUGGCAGGGCAGGUGAAGGGUGCCAGGCAGGAGCUGGCAGAGGCGCAGGCCUCUGCUGCGGCCCGCCUGGAAGCCUUUGCCGCCAGCCAGGGGGCUGCUGCUGUCGAGGAGGUGGCAGCUGUCAGGGACGCGUGCGUGGCAGAGCUUGGCGAGGUGCUGGCAGGCAGCCUGCAGCAGGUGGCAGCUGCGCAGGCCGCUGCGGCCGGCAGCCUGUCAGACGCCCAGGGUCGAGCCGCCGACGCCCUGGCUGCCGCCUCUGCAGCUGCGCUGGCUGAGCUGGCGGGCGCCAAGCUGGCGGCAGUCGCCGAGCUGUCUGCAGAAGGGGCGGGCGCCGGGGCUGCCGCCGGCGACCUGGCGGCUGCCAUGCGUGAGGCGGAGGCACUUCUGGCAGAGGCCGCUGAGACUGGCGCGGCCGCAAGGUCUGCCCAGCUGGCUGUGGCCUCGGUGCAGGAGCAGGUGGCCGACCUCGCCUCCAGCCUGCACGACCUGCAGGGCCGGGCGGCGGCUGCCGGCGCGGAGCUGGAUGGCGCACUGGACGGCCUGGACUCGUCUCUGGCUGUGCUGGAGCAGCGCGUGUCAGGGCUGGAGCGGGGCCUGGAGGAGGCAAAGCAGCAGCUCCAGGGAGGGGGUGGCAGCUGCGCCGGGUGA